CGCCCGCCCGCUGCCAGCCCCGACGCCGCCGCAGUUCAGACUCCGCGCAGCCAUGGCCCGGCCGCCCGCGCUCGCCCCGCUGCUGCUCCUGCUCCUGCUCGGGGAGCUCCUGGCGGCCGCCGGGGCGCAGAAAGUGGGACUCCCAGGCCCUCCAGGCCCCCCAGGGCCGCCGGGGAAGCCCGGCCAGGACGGCAUUGACGGAGAAACUGGUCCUCCAGGUCUGCCUGGGCCCCCGGGACCAAAGGGGGCCCCAGGAAAGCCGGGGAAAUCAGGAGAGGCCGGGCUGCCAGGACUGCCGGGUGUGGACGGUCUGACUGGGCGAGAUGGACCCCCUGGACCCAAGGGUGCCCCUGGGGAACGGGGAAGUCUGGGACCCCCGGGGCCGCCCGGGCUGGGGGGCAAAGGCCUCCCUGGACCCCCCGGAGAGGCAGGAGUGAGCGGCCCCCCAGGUGGGAUCGGCCUCCGCGGCCCCCCGGGACCGUCUGGACUCCCCGGCCUCCCUGGCCCCCCGGGACCUCCCGGACCCCCUGGACACCCAGGAGUCCUCCCUGAAGGCGUCACUGACCUUCAGUGCCCAAGUAUCUGCCCACCAGGUCCCCCAGGGCCCCCUGGAAUGCCGGGGUUCAAGGGACCCACUGGCUACAAAGGCGAGCAGGGGGAAGUCGGCAAGGACGGCGAGAAGGGCGACCCUGGCCCCCCUGGGCCCGCCGGCCUCCCGGGCAGCGUGGGGCUGCAGGGCCCGCGGGGAUUACAAGGACUGCCAGGGCCACUUGGGCCCCCUGGGGACAGGGGUCCCAUCGGGUUCCGAGGGCCGCCUGGGAUCCCAGGAGCACCUGGGAAAGCGGGUGACCGAGGCGAGAGGGGCCCAGAAGGGUUCCGUGGCCCCAAGGGUGACCUCGGCAGACCUGGUCCCAAGGGAAUCCCCGGAGUGGCCGGGCCAAGUGGGGAGCCGGGCAUGCCGGGCAAGGACGGCCAGAAUGGUGUGCCAGGACUCGAUGGCCAGAAGGGAGAGGCUGGUCGCAGCGGUGCUCUGGGAGAGAAGGGCCCCAGCGGGCUGCCGGGCCUCCCUGGACGAGCAGGGUCCAAAGGCGAGAAGGGAGAAAGGGGCAGAGCUGGGGAGCUGGGUGAGGCUGGCCCCUCAGGAGAGCCAGGCGUCCCUGGAGAUGCUGGCAUGCCUGGGGAGCGUGGUGAGGCUGGCCACCGGGGCUCAGCGGGGGCCCUCGGCCCACAAGGCCCUCCCGGAGCCCCUGGCAUCCAAGGCUUCCAGGGCCGGAAGGGCAGCAUGGGAGAACCCGGCCUUCCAGGCCCCCAGGGCCUCCGAGGUGAUGUGGGUGACCGGGGUCCGGGAGGCACUGCAGGCCCUAAGGGAGACCAGGGCAUUGCAGGUUCCGACGGUCUUCCUGGGGAUAAAGGAGAACUGGGUGCCAGCGGCCCGGUCGGACCCAAGGGAGAGUCUGGCAGUCGAGGGGAGCUGGGCCCUAAAGGCAUCCAGGGUCCCAACGGCACCAGCGGCGUUCAGGGUGUCCCCGGGCCCCCCGGUCCUCUGGGCCUCCAGGGCGUCCAGGGUGUUCCUGGCAUCACGGGGAAGCCGGGUGUUCCGGUACGUCGCUUUUCCAGCUUUCGCAGGCUUGAGAUGGUGUUUUUUCCUGAAGGAAGUUACUUUGCGGGGUGGUGGUGGGAACGCCUUCCAGAGGCUGCCGCCCCCAUGCUGACGAAUGUGUGCGGUGAAUUCCAGGGGAAGGAGGCCAGCGAGCAGCGCAUCAGGGAGCUGUGUGGGGGGCUGAUCAGCGAACAAAUUGCACAGUUAGCCACGCACCUGAGGAAGCCUUUGGCACCGGGGUCCAUUGGCCGGCCCGGUCCAGCUGGCCCCCCUGGACCCCCAGGACCCCCAGGCUCCAUUGGUCACCCUGGCGCUCGAGGACCCCCUGGAUACCGUGGUCCCACUGGGGAGCUGGGAGACCCCGGGCCUAGAGGAAGCCAGGGUGACAGAGGAGACAAAGGCGUGGCAGGAGCAGGACUGGACGGGCCUGACGGAGACCAGGGGCCCCAAGGACCCCAAGGCGUGCCCGGCACCAGCAAGGAUGGCCAGGACGGUGCUCCCGGCGAGCCUGGGCCUCCCGGAGAUCCUGGGCUUCCAGGUGCCAUUGGCGCCCAGGGGACACCGGGGAUCUGCGACACCUCAGCCUGCCAAGGAGCCGUGUUAGGAGGGGUCGGGGAAAAAUCAGGCUCUAGAAGCUCAUAAAAUUCAACGUAAGGAAAUAACCAAGUGACAAAAAUGCCUGAAGCACAGUGGGGCGGUCAUGAAGGAGCAGGGGUGUGGCAGGCUGGCGACGUCCAGGAGAGUGAGCGCCCCAGCUGCCCCUCGGCCGCCGACUGGACGCACAGGCCCUGCCAGCGAGCACCCUCAUUGGGCUGUCGCCUGACCGCAUACCUCAAAAGGCCCUAGCUAAUAAGCAUGUAAGCCCAGCAUUUGAGGGAAGGUAGGGUGUUUGUAUAAAACGUUGUGUACAAUUCCAUAAGAUGAAGAAUAUUCAGUAACUUGUUUACGUAGCAUUUGUGUAGAGACUGUGAUCUCAUCCCAAUAAAAUGAUGUAUUAAAUCUUCAGAUUAAUGACUGGCUACAGAGUAACAAAAAAUAAAGAAUUUAAUGUACAGUAAAUUCUCUCCCAUA